AUGCUUGGAGGGUUAUUCUUCGCUCUCGCGAGGAUCUUCGAGAUUGUUACUCUGAUUCCCGUCAUUGGGAUGCUGGCAUGGUUUGUCAACGGCUUCAAUGAAAAUAACCAACUUACCCCGUCCUUCAUCCUCGUCCUCUUCAUUGUAUCUGUCCUCGCCUGCGCUUGGGCUAUCGCUACCCUACUGCGCCUCGGGUCCACCCGACGCUCGGCCAUGUUCGUCGCCUUCAUCGACCUAUGCUUUGUCGGCGCUUUCAUCGCUGCAGAUUACGAGCUCCGGGGUAUCGGCAACGUCAGCUGCGGUAACUUUUCAAGCGGCUCAAUCUAUAUCAACCUGGGGCCAUUUGGAUACUAUGGCCGGAACAGUGAUUCGUCAUGGGCUGUUAACCUCAAUAAAAACUGCUCCAUGUUGAAGGCAUCUUGGGUAUUGGGCAUCAUCAAUACUAUUACUUUCUUCUGGACAUUCAUUCUCGCCCUCUUUCUUCAUCGGCAUCAACAGAAGGUGGUUGUGAAGGAAGUCAGAAGAUCAUCGAGACACAGCAGCAGACGAGGCCAUUCUCGGUCCGGGUCGAGGAGAAGCAGCAGCAGACGACAAUACUACGUCUAG